AUGGCUGAUUCCAUUGGUGCCCCUAUCUGCGGACAGGGGUUUCUCAGUAUCUAUAAAGACAGCCUUCCCUUCACCAUCGCAAAAGACGAUCUGCUGCUGACAAGCGAUGUGCCGCAGCUUUUUGCCUGUAUAUCGGCCAACCGCGCGCAUCUCCGGGAGUUUCUGCCCUGGGUGGAUGCCACAUUGAAGGAAGCAGAUUCACUGGCUUUUGUUGAUACUACUAUCAAACAGCAAACAGCGCAGGAAGGAAUGGCCAUGGGUAUCUUUCUGAACGACCAGCUGAUCGGCAGCAUUGGCAUGCAUACCUGGGACCAUCGUUUAAAAAAGUGCGAGAUCGGUUACUGGCUGGCCGAAGACCGGCAAAACCAGGGUUAUAUGUACCGCAGUGCCAUUGCGUUCCUUGAUUUUCUUUUUCACCGGCUGGAGCUGAAUAAGGUAGAGAUCCGCUUCCUGCCAUUUAACAGUCGCAGCGGAUCACUGGCCCAAAAGCUUGGCGGAAAGGUGGAAGGUGUAUUAAGAGACAACUAUAAAAUAAAUGGUUCUUUGGAAGACACCGUUGUCAUCGGCAUCCUGAACAAAGAGUGGAAAGCAAGGCCUAAGCAAUGA